UCCCUUGUUUUGAACACUACGUCAUGCAAUCUCGUGAAUUCAUCACAAAAAAGAAACGUCAAAGAGGAGACAAAAACCAGGAACACCCCAAAGCAUUCCGUGUGAUUCAGUGAAUUUGAUCUAGUGCAGUAAAUCACUCCCGUGGAUGAUUGAAUACUGAGGUGUGAGUGGGUGAAGGCCCUCAGAAGACAUCAGGAACAAUAACCUAGCUCGUCUCGACUAUUUUCGCACUUCAGCAAUUCAUAUCAAGAUCAUGGCACUGACGAAUGUCUUGUUGAUAAGCCAGGUAGCAGGGUACGUGGGCGCCCUCAUCCUGUCCCUCUGCAUCAUCGUGCCGAUGAGUCUCCAUCAGGACGAAUUCAAUGGCCAUUGUCUCCUGUUCUCCACCGGCAUCUGGCGAGAGACUGACGGACAGUUCGCAGUGCAAUGGGCGUCCCAAGCCUACUGCAACUACACGAUAUUCGUGGGGCUGGUGCUGUCCGUGACAUCAGUAAUCCAGAUAUACAGACUCUCGAUGCUGAUGUACAAGGGUGAGGACAGCUCCUUCCUGUCCGCCUUCAUCGACGUCGUGGUCUCGAUAAACCUGACGAUGAUAACCCUGAUCGCUGCCAUCAUCAUCACCCUGGGCUUCAUGACGUGGUGCGGCUGCAUGACGAAGCGCUUCCCCUCGUGCGAGCAAGCUGCUGGAAAUGACAUUGAUAAAGCCGAUGGCAUUAACACGUCUGGCUUCCACAUCGAGCUGGGGGUGGCGCAGUUCGGGGCGUGGAGCAGUCUCUCGAUUUGGGUUGGCCUCUGCGUCUUCGCUGUCCUCAAACUCCUGCGGUACCACCAGCUGGAGAACAUGAAGGUCUCCAUGUACAGGGAGAGACAGAGGCUCAUCGAGGCUGCUGGAAAUUACUCGACUCAGGAGAUCGGCUAGAGGAGUUGAGAGAAGUUUUAGGGUGGGUUCGGUGGGGAAGGGGGAGAACAAGUCGAAUUUUUGGGGAUGAAGGAGGUUUGAAGGGUCAUUGGAGGGGUCAAGUGAACCUUGAGGACAGAAAGGGCCAUUUGACCCUUGACCUCCCGUCUUCAAGGGUCGUUUGUCCAUUGAAGUAAUUUGACCCUUAUCCACACGUCUUCGAGGAUCGUUUGCCCAUUGAAGUAGUUUGACCCUCAUUUCGAAACGUCUUCAAGGGUCGUUUGCCCAUUCAGGUACUUUGACCCUCAUUUCGAGGGUAUUGGAAGGGUCAAGUGAACCUUGAGGACAGAAAGGGCCAUUUGAGCCUUGACCUCGAAACGUCUUCAAGGGUCGUUUGCCCAUUGCGGUAAUUUGACCCUCAUUUCGAGGGUAUUGGAAGGGUCAAGUGAACCUUGAGGACAGAAAGGGUCAUUUGACCCUUGACCUUACUCAUCCUCAAGGUCGUUCGCCCAUUGAGGCACUUUGACCCUCAUUUCGAAACGUCUUCAAGAGUCGUUUCCCCAUUUACAAAAUUUGACUCUCAUUUUAGAACGUCCUCAAGGGUCGGUUGACCCACAAGACCAUUUGACCCUCAACCAAAAAUUGAAAAAAUAAUAAAAAUGUCCCCGAGAGGGAUAUUCGACGAAAAUUAGACGUAAGAUAAUUUGACUCUUAAUUCCAAAUGUCUUCAAGGGCCGCUUGCCCAUUGAGAUAAUUUGACCCUCAAUUCGAAACGUCUGCAAGGGUCGUUUGACCCGCAAGACCAUUUGACCCUCAUCCAAAAAUUUAAAAAAAUAUAUCAAGAGAAAUAUUUGACUAGAAUUAGACCUUUUUUAUAUUUGAUAUUAACGACGUUUGAAGGUGAGGGUCAAACGACCCUUGAAGACGUUUGAAAUUGAAGGUCAAAUGGUCUUGAGGGUCAAUCACCUUUCAAAGCGUUUAGAGUUAAGGGUCAAAUAGUUUCAAGGGCCGUACGGGUUAGAGCAGAGUGAUUAGAAAGGGUCAUUUGAUCCUUAACUGCACACGUCUUCAAGGGUCGUUUGACCCUCAAGACUUUGACCUUCAACCAAAAACAAAAGAAAAUU